GGAAGUUUUAACUUGUUUGACUGACCGGAGGAUUUGAACGUUGGCGCGGAGCUAAACAGGACGGACGGUAACAACACCGUACGGACAAUGAGUCAUUGCGAGCUAGAAGCCGUAACCCAGCAUAUAAACGACAGGAUUGUAGACAUACGACGGGUGUUGGAACUGAGAAUAAUUGCGAAAGAUGAGGAGAAGGGUCCUAUUCUUAGAAAAAUUGGACAAGGCGUCGUGGCAACAGAUGGCCUCCUCGAUCAGUUCGAGAAAUGUAUUGGUCGCCAAAGAGACCUCCUGACGCAUUUGAAGGAGCUUGAGGAGUUCUUCAAAGAGGACAUGAGAAAUGGGAAACAUCUGAAGGAUAACAUGCCCACACACAUGCCAAGGAAAGGACAGCCAGUAGUCAUUGGAGAUGCCCCUGCCUUGUGUCAGACUGGACCCGUGGACGCACCCCCUCCUCAGCCGGAGAACCCCAGGAAGACCUCCAAAAACCACAUCAGAGAGAUGCCGUUCAUCACCAUAAUGGAAUUUGAGAGCAUCCCUCAGUACAUGAAAGGCCGCGUGACGUUUGACCAGCUGAACGCCGCCGUGCAGAGCCUUAACGCCGCCGUGACGGGGAAAUACAAGAUCCUCCAGCAGAAGACUAUGAACAACGCCAUGCGCAAGCUUCACCAGCGCUUCAAGGAUGAGGAGAACAAGGACACGAAAGGUCAGCAUUUCGUGGUGGAGGCCGACAUCAAGGAGUUCACUCAGCUGAAAGUGGACAAGCGUUUCCAGGGCAUCCUGAACAUGCUUCGUCACUGUCAGAGGCUCCGUGAGCUCAGAGGAGGAGGGAUCACACGCUACGUCCUGCUCUAGGCCGCAAGACGAGGAGAGAGAGGAGGAGGGAUCACACGCUACGUCCUGCUCUAGGCCGCAAGACGAGGAGAGAGAGGAGGAGGGAUCACACUCUACGUCCUGCUCUAGGCCGCAAGACGAGAAGGAGGAGGAGAGAUAGAUCCAGAGGGAAGGAGAGAGAGAUGGAGAGGAGUAGAAAGAAACUGAGAGAGACUCUCGGGUUGGGAGAUUUUUUAACAUUUGGUUUGGGUUGUGUGAGAAGUAUAAUCUAUAAAUCAAAGAUGAUUGGAUCUAACUAUAGUAUCCAUGUGAUGAUAAAAGUAACUGUAACUGCUCUGUGUAUAUGUCAGAAAUAAAUGUAUUUGUGAA